UUAAAGCGAACGCUCACGACAAUAGCAGCAAUCAGUUGUGAACAAACCGCGUAACAAAACGGACGGCGCAAUCGAGAGGAGGAUCGCGAAUAGUAGGAAGCGCAAAUAAAUGAAACACUAAGGUAUGCGACAAGUGCAAGAAACGGGUUACAAUAACACACUGAAGAAGAGCUCUACGACGACGACAGCGCGGUCAGCGAUCUUUAACCAGAAGCAGCAGCAACAACAAUUUUGGAAACAAAACAAAUUAGAUUUCGAACGGCCUGUGCUUCAAGGGUAGACAAGGCAGCAUCAUCUAGAGUUCAAAUCGGGCAACGUGUUUUAUUUUUAAAAAAAAUUAAACAUAAAAGUGAUUCAGACGUUUCGGCAGCAAUUUACGUGUACACAGAUAUCAGCGAUCAUUAAUUGCUAAACUAACCUAAGCUCACCCGUAAAUCUGUAAAUAAUGGCGCCCACAGUUUUGGUAACUGGCGGAGCGGGCUAUAUAGGCUCUCACACCGUUCUGGAAAUGCUGAAUGCGGGCUACAAUGUUAUCUGUGUGGAUAAUCUGUGCAAUGCGUAUAGCAGUGGUGCCGCCAAAUUGCCGGAGGCACUCAGUCGAGUGCAGGAAAUCACCGGCAAGAAGGUGAACUUCUAUCGUGUAGACAUCACCGACAGGGAUCAAGUGCGUGGAGUUUUUCAGGAGCAUAAAAUCGAUAUGGUAGCACACUUUGCCGCUCUCAAGGCUGUCGGUGAAUCCUGUCGCAUACCACUCCAAUACUACCACAACAAUAUGACGGGUACCAAUGUCCUGCUCGAGGCAAUGGCGGAUAACAAUGUUUUCAAGUUCGUCUAUAGCUCCAGCGCCACGGUCUAUGGUGAGCCAAAAUUCCUGCCCGUUACCGAGGAACACGCUACGGGCAAUUGUACAUCGCCCUACGGCAAGACCAAAUAUUUUACAGAGGAAAUUCUGAAGGAUCUGUGCAAGUCCGAUAAGCGUUGGGCCGUCUGUUCAUUGCGUUACUUCAAUCCAGUGGGCGCCCACAUUAGUGGCCGCAUUGGCGAGGAUCCCAAUGGGGAGCCCAAUAAUCUGAUGCCUUAUAUUGCGCAAGUGGCUGUGGGUCGUCGCGCUAAACUAAAUGUGUAUGGCAGCGAUUUUCCCACCAAGGAUGGCACAGGAGUGCGCGAUUAUAUACACAUUGUGGACUUGGCUGAGGGUCAUGUGAAAGCCCUGGACAAGCUGAGAAAUAUUGCGGAGACGGGUUUCUUUGCCUACAAUCUGGGCACGGGUGUCGGCUACUCUGUGCUGGACAUGGUGAAGGCUUUCGAAAAGGCCUCCGGCAAGAAGGUUAACUAUGAGUUGGUCGAUCGGCGAUCGGGCGAUGUAGCCACCUGCUAUGCCGAUGCCCAGCUGGCGGCAAAGGCGCUGGGCUGGAAAGCUACACGAGGCAUUGAUAAGAUGUGUGAGGACACGUGGCGUUGGCAGAGUCAGAAUCCCAAUGGUUACGCCAACAAAUAGUAGAUCGCCAACUUCCUCCCAUAUUUUGUUAUCUUGCCUACACCCUACCCCAUCCACAUAUCGUAAUUUUUGUGCUCUUCGUUAUCUGUUUUGUGUGUGCAUGUUCCCCCUUCCUCCUCGACUUGUUUCUACAUUGUGAAUUCUUCGUGUAUAUUCCAAUUUCAAUUAUGUAUUGUGUAAUUCCUAUUAGCAAAUGUUUCCUCGUACGUUUAGUUUUAUGUAUGCUUUUAAAUUCUAAAGUGCAAAUUGUUUUUGUUCUCCCAUCGUAGUUAAGAUGAGAGAUGUUAAAAAUUUUAACGAGUAAGUGCAAAAUUAUUAUACAAUAAUUUCAUAUACAUAUUUAUGCGUAUGUGUGUCAACCCAAAGUACUUUUGUAAUUAAACAAAAUAAAUGUGAAUCGAAA